CACUGUAUGUCUGUUCCUAUUCUGGUCCUGGAACCUUCAAACCCCAUUAGUCGGGGAAUCAGAGAACCAAAUCAUGAAGUGGACGGCGGGCCCAAUCACCCUGCUCUCAGCUUCUGUAAUGCUGUCGGCGAUACAGAACGUCAUCUCCACGAAUACGAAAGAAACAUGCAUGGGACGCGUUCUGGGGCUUCUACCCGAUACCACCCUCAGUCGAUCGCAAGUUGAACUGCUGCUGAAGAGUAUACCGCCUCCUGUUGAUCAGCGAAACGCCCAGCAGGCAAACCAAGUCGCUCUGUCUGUACUGCUGGGUGGUGAUACAUCCAGGAAGUUGAUACAGUGUCUCACCGGGCAAUUACAGGCCUGCCAGCGGAAUCAUCCUUGCAGUAACGCUGGACAAUGUAUCUUCUCGCGGUCUGGUCAGCACAUUGGCUCAUAUGGGUGCCAGUGUGACAUUGGCUACACAGGAGACUACUGCGAGACAGGACCACGAGAUACGCCAGGUAACUGCAAUCAAUCAGCUAUGGCCAUUCAGCUCAAACAAGACAUGCAGAAGUUAAAGAGAGAAGCAGAAGCAGAGCGUAAGGCCAAUAUGGAUCACAUUGGAGAUUUCUUGGCAAGGCUGGAGAAGAAAAUUGAUGUAGUAUCAAAUGAAAUCUCCCGUCUCCAUGGAAACGAACAACAGACCGACGAAAGUACCACCGUCUCCCCGGCACUCUCUACCGACACUACAGCCAGUGCACAGGGCUGCUCGAGGACUGACCAAGGCCCUUCAGGAGUAUUCACGUUCCGUACCAAUCGGGGUGAAAGCACUGCGUAUUGCGAUCGGGAAACUGAUGGUGGCGGCUGGAUUGUCUUCCAGCGACGGCAGGAUGGUUCCGUUGAUUUUGAUCGAAACUGGCAAUCGUACAAGAACGGCUUCGGCAAUCCCACUGAGGAAUUCUGGCUUGGCUUGGAAGACAUACAUUAUCUAACCUCUCAACCUAGUACGAGAUACGAGCUGCGCCUGGACUUGGUGUUCAAUACUAGCGAAGAGAUGCAUUCCGCCACGUGCUCAUCUUUCAAAGUGGACAGCGAAGCCACCAACUAUACACUUCACGUGUCGGGUUUCUUCAGUACGACACUACCAGAUAAGGUUACCCAGCAUAACGGAGACACGUUCAGCACUGAGGACCAUGGUAGAGAACAAAAUUCUUGUGCUACGUACUGGAGCGGUGGUUGGUGGUUCAGUGGAUGCUACUAUUUCUUUCUAAAUGGCGAAUACGGACAAGCCAUCUCCUCCAACUACUAUCACCCUCGCUUUCUUAAGUGGGUCCUAUACUCCGAGAUGAAGUUCAGACUGAUCUAGACUUUCAGAAAUCCGUCAUCCGCAUGCGAACGUAUGGAUUCAAGUGAUUUCUACGAACCUUAAACCACCACUGCCACCGCCACCACACCGCCGUCACGAUGAUGACGAUGACGAUGACCAUCACCAUAGUGGAAACUACUUUCCUGAUACUAUCAGACAUUACCAAUAGCAAGCAGAAGGUAUCACAGAAGAUGCGGCACAGCACACCUGCAGCUGUAGUACACAUUACAGUGAUGAAAUCAACCGGAGCAAACAAGACCUUUAAUUCCCAAAGCUAUGCAAGAAGACGUUACUUUAGAAGCGUAUGUCGCUAGCCAGGGUCUACACCUCUUUACAUGUAUAUGCCGAAAUAGGAAUAUAGCAUGGAGAUACGUGUAUAAAGCUUGUACCGCACCCAGUUGUCUUUGAUUUUGGCUGAAUCUUUGAACAUUUAUGCAUGAAUGUAGUCAGGGUGUUAUGACUAUAGUAAGUCAGGACAACAGUAAUAAUCGGUACAUGUACAUGGAUAAGUACAGUGCUUGUAGUAAACACUGCUGCGAUCUGAUAGGGGAUCUCACAACGCCCUCACAUCACUACUUUCUACUCAGAUUUGCCAACGUUCCUUCAUCCGUCACAUUAUGUUCAGACUUCAUUAUUUUGUCUCUGCGGCAUACGAAAAUGAAUGAAGUUCCCACUUUCUAUCUGCUUAGCACCAA